AAAGCGUAGCAUGUAGAAGGUGCAGUUUAUGAGAGUUGUGAUGUUUUGUUGUUUUUAUUUUUGUUUUUUUCUCAGGACUUUUCUCUGCAUUUUUGUGACGUGAUUUACAUGUUCUCGUUCAGAAAGUUUUUGAUUCCUGUGAAGGACAAUGACCAAAAACGUGUUACUAAUUCGGCAUUUGCCCUCCGAAUUGUCUUUCCAGGAUAAGAAAGAUCUUCUGUGCCAUUUUGGAGCUAAUGAUGUCCGUGUGAUGGGUGUAAAGGGUUCAUUGAAACAUGCAGCAUUUGCCGAGUUCGAAGACAACGAAGCUGCAUCUAAUGCGCUGUCCAGACUUCAUCAGUUGGAAGUUGCUGGCAGUCGGCUUGUUGUAGAGUUUGCAAAUACUGCUACGUUUUCAUCUGUGCCUGAAUUAGAAAUAAAACCUAAAGAUAAGAUCUUAGGAAGUGAUUUGCCAGUAGUAUCAGAAACGAAGAAAACGAAACGGGAAGAAUUUCUAAAUUCUUUUAAGGAUGAUGUUUUUGAAAAAUGGGGUAUAAAUUAUCCACGAAAUCCGCAGUUGCAUUACAUUUAUCCCCCUCCCAAUGUAUCAAUAUUAGGAAACAUAACAAAUGCUUUGGCAUCGCACCCAAAGUUUUAUGUUCAGGUACUACAUUUGAUGAACAAAUUAAAUAUACCUGCCCCGUUUGGGUCUUUAACUCCAACACCACCCAUCCCAUCGGAUUUACCCCCAGAAAGGCCACCUGAACCAGAAAUACGAAAUGAAGAAAUGAACAGGUCAUCUUCUACAGAGUCUGAGAUUGAGAGUGCAAGUGAUACAGAACAUAAAGCUGCUUCAAGUGAACCUCUUGGUGUCAAAAGACCAGUUAACCACAAACAUAAAAAGGUUCACAAGAAAAUUAAGCUGAUGCCCGAUACCUUUGAGGCAGGUUUAACAGUUCCUUUGGAACAGGCAACAUGGAAACCGAAUGAAGUGUUUGAACAAACUGAUGCUCAAGGAUCCUUGGCGAAAAAAAUUCAUAUGAAGCUUCCAUCAAACAUAGAGCUGAAGGAAACUACUAUGGAAGAUUCUGCAGCUUCACUGGAAAAGGACAGUGUUAGCAUGGAUGAAAACAAACCUGGCUUUGGUAAACUUGAACCAGUUGAUAAACCUCAGGAGGAACACGAGAUGGAUCAAGGGGACAGUGAUGAGGAUCCUGAUGGACACGUCUCGUCGAGAGAGCUCAAGAAAGGAAGGCUGUCGGAAAGGCAACGGAAGGAAAUGCCAGUCUUUAGAAAUUAUAAUCGUGGGGAGGCAAGCUGCAGACUGUACAUUAAGAAUUUGGCAAAACAUGUCGGAGAGAAAGACUUGAAGUAUAUUUAUGGGCGAUAUGUUAAUCUGGAGCUGGAAGAACACAGAAAUAUUUUCGAUGUGAGACUGAUGAAGGAAGGCAGAAUGAAAGGUCAAGCGUUCGUGACUUUGCCUUCAGAGCAAGCAGCUACAGAAGCUGUUGAGGACACAAAUGGAUUUGUAUUGUUGGGCAAGCCGAUAGUUUGUCAAUUUGCGCGAUCUGCUAAAGUUAAAGAGAAGGAAAGUUCAGGAAAGUAGAUCCUUAGACUUGCCAAAUUGAAGAAGUAAAUAGACUUAUAAUGUAGUGAUGUUUUGUUACAGUUAAAUUACAAAGUGAAAAUAUAAACAUCUUACUUAUAAAUAAUGGAUUUGGGGGAGGGAGAUCGUUAUUGAACGUGUUUACAUUUUUGGUUGCAACUAGGUGAUGCAUCUAAUUAAAUGAGACAAAAAUUAAGCUUGGCAUUUGUACCUCAUUUAAUGCGACAUAUAUCGUAUUGCACUAUGAACAAAUCUGUGCAUAAAUAAAUUCCCACCAAUCAAAAGUAUGUAUCCAGUUGUUUUAUAUUCAUGAGUGAUGCAAACUGUGGGGAACGUUAAUUGAAUGUUUUGCUGUGAUGCAGAAUACACAUUCAUUAUUAAUUAGCAGUACAGACAGUAAAAAUACAAAAUGCAUUUUAAAAUAGAUGUUCGGUGAAAAAUGGCAUCGUCUGAUCGGUGAAGACUUUCGUCUACUUUACUGGGUGACUGCUUAAAACAAGAUUGACAAGUUACUGAAAAGGUGGCUACGUCUUGAUUACUGCUGAUGACUAAUUGGGUAUUGGUUUCUAUUUUUUCUUUCUCCUUUUUUGUUUUUGUUUUUUGUUUUUGUUUUUGUUGACAUGUAACAAACUUACCCGAAUACCAUGGAAGAUUAAAGAUCCAGUCUUUUUUUUUAACCUCAAGUGUCUGUUUACCAGAUUAAACCGGUGUGUGAACAGACUGAAUAAUAAAAAAUGUAACUACG